AUGGCUGCAGCGCCUGGCGAAAAAGCUGAGACCAAAACCGUGAAGAUGGGAGCGGACUCCGGUCAGCUCGUCUUCGUCCCCUAUGAAAUCACUAUCAAUAAGGGCGACACUGUCACAUGGGUCAACAACAAGGGCGGCCCACACAACGUCAAGUUCGACGAGGAAGCCAUCCCCAAUGGCGUCGAUGUCGAGUCGAUCUCGAUGGAUGAUGGAGAAGAGCUUGGGGAUGAAGGCGCAACCUUCUCCAAGAAGUUCGACACUGCAGGCACGUACCGCUACUAUUGCGAGCCCCACCGUGGGGCGGGCAUGAACGGGUUGCUCAUUGUUAAAUGA